CUAGUCGUACCAACUCCCCUCAAGAACUCCUCAAUACAUAAUUCCAAAAGGCUGGUGAAGUAAACGCUUGUUGGAAUUGUUUAUUUGGUUAACACUUGUAAACAGCACUUUCUUUACAACAUCCUUCUACUGUUAUACAUACACACACAAAUAUAUAAGGGUUUCUGCGUGCUUGCCGGCGAUGCCCACGCCGGUAGCCGCUGCGAGGCAAUGCUUGACAGAGGAUGCGGCACGUGCUCUUGACGACGCGGUGGGUGUGGCGAGGCGUCGGAGCCAUGCGCAGACGACGUCGCUGCACGCGGUGUCGGCUUUGCUGGCGAUGCCCAAUUCCAUUCUCCGGGACGCGUGCACGCGCGCCAGUUGCUUCUUCUCUCGUAAUCAGUUUCAAGCUCUCGGAGCCAGCGUCGGGUUCUCUCUGGACAAGUUGCCCUCAGCGAAGGCUCUAGAGGAGCCUCCUCCAGUGUCGAACUCUCUUAUGGCUGCAAUCAAACGGUCUCAAGCGAAUAAGAGGAGAAAUCCGGAUAUCUUUUACUUGCAGCAGAUUCAUAGUAACAACCAAACGCCAUCGCUUUUGAAGGUGGAGCUAAAACAUUUUUUGCUAUCGAUUCUAGACGACCCGAUUGUGGGUCGUGUAUUCGGGGAAGCCGGGUUCGGGAGCUGCGACAUUAAAACGGCAAUUUUAAGUCCUCCGGUGACCCAGACGGCGUCGUCCCGAAUUUUGAAGACCCGUCUCCAGACUAUGUUUCUCGGGAACGUAAUCGAUUCGGACGCUGGAAGAUCCGGGUUCGGUUUCCCAUCUGCGAAUCCACUAGCUUAUAAUUGCAAGAGAAUCGUUGAAGUUCUCGUAAAAAAGAAAGGGAGAAACCCGUUGCUUGUUGGGGUUUGUGCUGGUGACGCCUUGAAGAGCUUUGUUGAGCACCUAGUGAGGGGAAACGGUAGCAUUUUGCCAGUGGAAAUAGCUAAAUUGAGGGUGAUUUGUGUAGAAAGUGAGAUUAGGGAGUUUGUUCUUCAGAGAGGGAGUGAAGAGAAGAUGGGUUUCACGUUUGAGGAGUUGAAAACUGAACUGGAGCAUUGCAGUGGUCCGGCUUCUGGUGUUAUGGUGAACUUGGGAGAAUUAGGUGCGCUAACUGGGAAUGGCACAUCUAGUGAUGCUCUUCGCUACAUUGUGUCGAAAGUGACUGGUCUGUUGGAGAUGUACGGGGAUAAAUUGUGGUUAAUAGGGGCAGCAGCAAGUGAUGACACGAUACGCUCAGAGCUGUUUUUGGCCAUAGAGAAGGAUUGGGAUUUGCAUCCUCUGCCCAUUUCCUCUUCUAGGAAUUUAAUUGAGGAAGUCUGCUCCAAAUCCAGCUUUGUUCCAUUGGCUGGGUUCUUUAAUCCGCCGCCAUCUGAUUUUGGGAUUCGGUCGAUGUGCCAUCUUUGCACUGCAAAGUACCAGCAAGAAGUUGCAAUUUUGAGGUCAAGAUCAACUUUUACAGUUCCAGAUCAUCACUCCAAGAACCUACCAUAUUUUCUACAAGUCGAGAAUCUUGACACAACCAAGGGGUUGCAAGCAGCAAAGUCAUUGCAGACCAAAGAUGAUGGAACAACAUUGAAUGCUAAAAUUUUGGCUCUGCAUAAGAGAUGGAGUGAUAUCUGCCGUCAUAAUCAUCAUGCUCAAUCAUUUCACAUACCGAAUGUUCCCGAUGCCAAGUCCCAAGUCCCAGUUAUUGAGGACAAUCGAUUCUCCACCAAUACGAAGUUAGGCUAUGGCAAAGACUCGUCUGUCUUUGAUAGCCAAUGUGCUCAUUUAAGUCCCACCAUGCACACUGACUCGCAAAAUCUUUCUCCGUCAAAACAAAACAUGCCAGCACCAGUAGUUUCUGAAGCUGGGAUCAUUGGUAUCCAAUCUAAGCUGCAACUACCUGUUUCAAGGAGUCACCGUACAGAAACAGAGGAUUCCCAAUUGUCCUCCACUUCAGUGACCACAGAUUUGGGAUUGGGAACAAUGUGUGCUUCUUCUAGUCAGGAAGCAAACAAUACAAAGCUGCAAGAUCAUAGACAGCGCCUUCAGCACUUUCCAAGUUCCAUUUCCACCAAGUUUGAUGUGGUCAUUGAAAAUACUUCACGCCAUAUUGUCCCAUCUUCUUCUUGCUCUGGUCCAGCUUGGGGAAAGCAAUUCGAUAUGAGAGACAAGGAGUCACUUAAAAGAGUCCUUACUGAAAAGGUUGGCUGGCAAGUUCCUGCCAUCUGUUCCAUUGCUCAAGCUAUAUCCCGUUACCAAGCAGGAUAUGGAAGUUGUGGCUCAAAUCCUGGAGAAAACACUUGGUUUACUUUCCUUGGAUCUGACAAGGUUGGAAAGAGAAAAGUUGCCUCCACACUUGCUGAGGUAAUAUUUGGCAGCAAGAAAAAUUUGAUCUCUGUGGAUUUUGGCUCUGAAGAUGGUGUCAGCCAAUUAUACUUGGUAUUUGACUGCCUAGAAUUAAAUGGUGACAAUGCUGUUAAUUUCAUUGGUGGAGAGUUGAGGAAGAAACCCCAUUCAGUGAUCUUCCUUGAAAAUGUAGAUAAUGCUGACCCUCAGGUCCAGAAAUGCUUGUCCCAGGCUAUUAACACAGGUAAAUUUCCGGACAAGAGUGGGAGUGUUGAUGCCAAUCAAUUGAUUUUUGUGACAACAUCAAUGGGCACAGAAGGGGAAAAAGAUUUUCAUGUGAAGAACGAUCGCUUUAAAUUUUCUGAGGAAAUGAUACUUGCAGCUAAAUGCUGGCAGAUGAAGAUAUUGAUUGAAUGUGCUGCUGGUGAUUCCAGUAAAGGCAAUACUAUAAAUGUGGGAAUCACUUCAAAACUAGCGACCUCAACUUCAUCAUCUUUGAAUAAAAGGAAGCUGAUUGAUACUAGUGAAUCCAUGGAGAUGGAAAUGAACCUGGAGAUACAGAAACGGUCACCCAAGACAUUUAGAUCAGAUUUUGAUUUAAAUCUUCCUGCAGAUCAACCUGAGUUGUGGUACAGGGAGUCGGAACGCUGGUUGGAAGACUUCUUGGAUCAAGUAGAUGAAAGGGUGUUUUUUGAGCCAUUUGGUUUUGAUGAGCAAGCUGAAAAAUUACAAAAGGAUAUCAACAUGCUGGCUCAAAGGACGUUUGGAUCGAAUGCUGUACUGGAAAUUGAUGAUGGAGUCAUGGUACAAAUGCUUGCAGCCACAUGGUUAUCAGAUAAUGUGAACGACGUGGAUGAUUGGGUUGAAAGGGUUGUUGGCAGAGGUUUUGCUGAGGCCAAGCAGAAAUAUCCACUUGCUGCUGGGUCAGUAGUGAAAUUAGUUUCUUGUGAUGGUAUUCUUGUGGAAGUGGAAGCUCCUGGCUUACACCUGCCUGAAAGAAUUAUUCUGAACUGAUAAUUUUGUCCGGUGGUUAUGGUUUUCCUUGUAAGUACUUGUGUAUAGUGUAGUAGCUCUUAGCAUAUUAGCUUCACCAUGAGUUUAGCCUUGUUUGGCAAACCAUUUUUGUUGGUGUUUUUGAGUUAUGAGUAAUAUGAAUCAGGGGAUAUGCCAAUAAAACCCAUUAAAUUGUAGAAUGGGCAUGAAAGCCCAAACUUAUUCAGUUGUGAGUCAUGACCAACCUAAUCCUUAACAAAAUCAGGAAUUAGAUUUGCUUGUGA